AUGAAGUGCUUCAUUGCCCUCUCGCUCAUCAGCGCCGUCUUCGCUCUCCCACAGGGCCAGGAGGCCAAGAAGGCGGACAAGAAGGAGACCAACUUCGAUGGCUACAACUUCCGUGUCGGACUCGCCAAGUCUCCCUCGAACGAGAACUAUGUUGUCUCCUGGGUUGGGGGUGUAAGCGCCUGCAACCAGCGCGACAACAUCGGCGGAGGCAUGACCAGCUGGUGCGACAGCGGCCGGUGGUCCUCGGUCCCGUACGCAAAUGCCGAAGGUGGCAGAAUCGACAUUAAGUUCCGGUGCGACUCGUCGGAUACGAAGUACCAGCACGUCACGUACGAGCUCAAGUCCGGCAAGAAGGGAUCGUGCGCCACUAGCCAGGAGUUCAUGCCCGCAUGCCCGGAGGUGACGACCAUUUUGAACUGCGUCCCUAACUAG